AUGCGGACGCGGGCUGUGCUGGGCGCGGUGCUGGCCGUCACCUGCGCCGGAGCCGUCUUCUCGUUCCUGCUGAGACCCGGGGGCCUCCUUUGGGGAGAGGCCGAGGAGUCUCGGGUCAGGGGCAUCGUGGAGGCAAGCAGACUCCUGGUGGACAAGUCCAUCUACGUUGCGAUGAGAAGAAACCUCCGCAAAAGGGAAGUUGUUUCCCCAUCGCAACUUCUGUCCUUCUCCAAACUCCCUGGGCCCACGAGCCGCCCUGCGUCCCGGGCGGCGGAGGUCAUGGAGGCCUCAGUGCAGGAGGCAGUGAGACGGGGCCACCUGAGGUCUGGACAGCCCCAGCUGCCCACAGAUGCUCUCUCAGAGGGGCUGCUGAGCGCGAUCGCGAACCUGUCUGGAUGCCUGCCUCACAUGCUGCUGCCCAGAUGUCCGGACACCUGCCUGGCCAACAAGUACAGGCUCAUCACGGGCGCCUGCAACAACAGAGACCACCCCCGCUGGGGAGCCUCCAACACAGCGCUGGCCAGAUGGCUGCCCCCCGCCUACGAGGACGGCAUCAGUGAGCCCCGAGGCUGGAACCCCCACUUCCUGCACAACGGCUUUCCCCUGCCCCCGGUCCGGGAGGUGACCCGACGCAUCCUACACGCCUCCAAUGAGGCUGUGACGGACGACGACCAGUACUCCGACCUCCUGACGGCGUGGGGCCAGUACAUCGACCACGACAUCGCCUUCACGCCGCAGAGCACGGGCCCCUCUGCCCCCGGGGCGGGGGCUGACUGCCAGCUGACCUGCAAGCCCCGAAGCCCAUGCUUUCCCAUACAGCUCCCGGCGAACGCUGCGGGCCCCGUCUGUCUGCCCUUUUACCGCUCCACGGCCGCCUGCGGCACCGGGACCCAAGGCGCCUUGUUCGGCAACCUGUCUUCCGCCAACCCACGCCAGCAGAUGAACGGGCUGACCUCGUUCCUGGACGCGUCCACCGUGUACGGCAGCUCCGCGGCCUCGGAGCGGCGGCUGCGGAACUGGACCAGCGCCGAGGGGCUGCUGCGGGUCAACGCGCGCUACCGGGACGCGGGACGCGCCUUCCUGCCCUUCGCGCCGCCAUCCGAGCCCCGCGCUUGCGCGCCCCAGCCCGGCGCCCCCGGAACCCGCGCACCUUGCUUCCUGGCCGGCGACGGCCGCGCCAGCGAGGUCCCCGCCCUGGCAGCCCUGCACACGCUGUGGCUGCGGGAGCACAACCGCCUGGCCGCGGCGCUCAAGGCCCUCAACGCGCACUGGAGCGCGGACACCGCCUACCAGGAGGCGCGCAAGGUGGUGGGCGCGCUGCACCAGAUCAUCACGCUGCGUGAUUACAUCCCCAGAAUCCUGGGCCCCGAGGCCUUUGGGCUGCAUGUGGGCCCCUACAGGGGCUAUGACCCCAGCGUGGACCCCACCGUCUCCAACGUGUUCUCCACGGCCGCCUUCCGCUUCGGCCAUGCCACCAUCCACCCGCUGGUGCGGCGGCUGGACGCCAGCUUCCAGGAGAGCCCAGGGCCCCGCCUGCUGCUGAGGGACGCCUUCUUCCGGCCCUGGCGGCUCCUCGAGGAAGGCGGCGUGGACCCCGUCAUGCGGGGCCUGCUGGCAAGACCGGCCAAGCUGCAGGUGCAGGACCAGCUGCUGAACGAGGAGCUGACAGAGAGGCUGUUCGUGCUCUCAGAUGCAGGGACGCUGGACCUGGCGUCCAUCAACCUGCAGCGGGGCCGGGACCACGGCCUGCCAGGGUACAACGAGUGGCGGCAGUUCUGCGGCUUGUCCAGGCUGGAGACCCGGGCUGACCUGGGCGCGGCCACUGCCAACGGGAGCGUGGCAGACAGAAUCCUGGACCUGUACGGGCACCUCGAUAACAUGGACGUGUGGCUGGGAGGCCUGGCAGAGAGCUUCCUUCCGGGGGCGCGGACCGGUCCGCUGUUCGCCUGCCUCGUGGGAAAGCAGAUGAAGGCCCUGAGGGAUGGUGACCGGUUCUGGUGGGAGCACCGCGCGGUGUUCACCGAGGCCCAGCGGCGUGAGCUGAGCCAGCACUCGCUGUCCCGCGUCAUCUGCGACAACACCGGCCUCACCCGCGUGCCCCGCGACGCCUUCCAGGUGGCGCAGUGGCCCCGGGACUUCGAGUCAUGUGACCGCAUCCCGGGCAUGGACCUGCGCGCCUGGCGGGAGGCCCCCCCUCCAGACGACGCCUGCGGCUUCCCGGACACAGUGGAGAACGGGGGCUUCCUGCUCUGCGACGAGUCUGGGCAACGAGUGCUGGUGUUUUCCUGUCGUCACGGAUUCCAGCUCCACGGGCCGGAGCAGAUCACCUGCACGCAGCGCGGCUGGGACUCCCAGCCCCCGGUCUGUCGAGACGUCAACGAGUGUGAGGACGAAGUGGACCCCCCCUGCCACGCGUCCGCGCGCUGCAAGAACACCAAGGGUGGCUUCCAGUGUGAGUGCAGCGACCCCCACGUGCCCGGCGAGGACGGCAGGACCUGUGUGGACUCCGGGAGGCUCCCGAGGGCGUCUGUGGUCUCCCUGGUGCUGGGCGCCGUGCUCAUCUGCGGCCUGGCUGGCCUCACCUGGACGGUGGUUUGCAGGUGGACGCUCGCUGACCCCAAGUCCUCGCUGCCACCCGUGGAGGGAGAGGGAGAAGGACCCCGAGACGUGAGCACUCCACCGCCGGACGCUUCCGUGGGGCUUGCAGAGCAGGGCCCGGCCUGUGGAUCCCAAGUCCUUCUCUGCAAGUAGGAGCCCCCGUGUGGGGCGUGUGCGCUGCUCUCCGGCCGGAGUCAGACAGCGCUCACAUCCGCCUGGACACCUGGGGCACGGCGAGCGGACCCUCGCACGCUGCCCACUGCCUGAUCAGGACACGCUGACCGGGCCCCGGGUGAAUAAA